AUGUGGAACUUCUUUGGACGCUCCGCUGGCAGUAGUACUAACACCAAGACAGAACCAAUCCGUGGUCUUCCGUCGUCUUGGUAUUACUCUCCCGAGAUCUACAAGCUGGAAUGCCGAGCUAUCUUUUCUAAAAAAUGGAUUCUUUUGACUCAUAAGCUUCGUUUUCAGCAGCCCGGCGAUUACCUCUCAUUUACCUAUGCCAAGUUUCCCUUCUUCUUAAUCCAGGACCGCAACGGUAAUAUCAACGGCUUUCACAAUGCUUGUCGCCACCGCGCUUAUCCUGUUAUUAAGGAUCGCUCUGGUAGGACUGGCAUUAUCAGCUGUAAAUACCAUGGCUGGUCAUACGGGUUGAAGGGAAACUUGGCUAAAGCGCCUCGUUUCGACACCGUCCCAGACUUUGAUAAAAGCCAGCAUGGACUCUUGCCAAUUCACGUCCAUGUCGACAGGACUGGCUUUAUCUGGGUUAAUCUGCAGGCGGAUUUGGAGGAGACGUGGGAAACGCAGUUUGGCGCAGUUGAUGAGAAGACCAUGUUUGACUUUACUAGCGGAUAUAAAUAUAAUCAUACGUGGGACAUGGACCUCAACUCCAACUGGAAGGGAGUUAUGGAGAACUACAACGAAUGCUACCACUGUCCAACGAGCCACCCUCUCAUCGCCGGAGUCUCGGACUUGCCUAAAUACAAAGUCGAACCCAAGGGCAACUGCUUGGAGCAUACAAUCAUCAACAAGAAGGAAGACGACGGGACAGAUGACUUCAAGCGCUCCAUCAGAUUCUUCUAUCCAUCGACCUCAAUUACAGUAACCAAGAACUUCUUCUACAUCCAACGGAUGAUUCCUGUCGAUGCAACACAUACAAGAAUAGAGAACGAGGUCUUUCGUCACGAGUCGGCCGGAGACGAAAUCUUCAAAACCACUAUGGAGUUCUACGCACAGGUUCUGGAAGAAGACAAAGAAUUGUGCGAGUCCGCGCAGGUCAAUCUAGAAGCUGGAGUGUUUAUCAAUGGCGAAUUACACCCAGACAAAGAACGAGGCCCCAUCCACUUCCAGAACACGGUCAGACAGCAUGUGAUGGAGCAUAGGAAGAAAGAAGUCGAGUUGGGCCAAGAGAUUUUGCCUACGACGCCUGAGAUGGUCGGACCGUUGAAAACUGGCACGUACGACAAGGAUGCAAUGUUGUGCUCUCAGCUGGAAAGGGAGAGUUGCGGCGCUAGAGCAACCUUCGCCUGGUAG